AUGAACGAAGAAACUUCGAAACGUCAUCAAUGGUCAUUUCAAGAGGAUACCCGUUUAAAAUUGUUAAUUGAACAAUAUGGAACAGCUUGGACUAAAAUCUCUACUCACCUUCCUGGUCGUGAUGCUCAAAGUUGUAAAAAUCGCUACCAAUAUCUUAAACGACGUCCAGCUGAUUGGUCCGAAGAAGAUGAAGCUUUACUUAAACAAUCUGUGAAAGAACAUUCCAAAGCUUUCACUGAAGUUUGGAGAGCAGUAGCCGCGAAUGUUCCUCAUAAAACUUGGCAACAAUGUGAAAAGAGAUGGAAUGUGAUUAAUAGUGUUCCGUCAACACAGUCGUCAAAUAGUCAAAGUUUUUUCAACGAAAUGCGUACCGGAGGCCUUUUCCGAAGAAAUACUGUUAUCGCCGCAAAACGUGACGAAGACUUUGGAGACUAUGCAACUGUCAUAAGUUCGGAAGAGGAACCAAAGAAACUCAAAGAAUAUAUCACUUCGCUUUACAAGGCUUUCAAGGAUAAAAACAAAAGCCUUCGAUCAGCUUAUGCAAAACUUGAUUUAUUGAAUAAUGAAAUAACUCAAGAAAAAACCAGAUUUACGGAUAUCGAAGAUGAAAACAAAUCACUUAGAGAACAAAUGCAAGCCAUGGCCGAUCAGUUAGUGGCCAAGGAAGAAGAAUUUAAUAGUUGGCAAGAAAAAUUGGUUGAACAAACGCAUCGAGAACGUGAAGCAAUAAUUGAAGAAAUGGACGUCGAGCGUUCAAUUUUCAAAGAACAAAUCAAUCAACUUGAAGAUGCACUUAAUCUCGCUAAUGUAGAAAUCUCAAGACUAACUAUUGAAUUGGCUGACAUAAAUGAUUCACAACAAAAAAUGCGAAGGAUUUCAACAAAUACAACAGAUACCACUGAUAGUCGAUCAUCAAUGGAAAUAAUGUUUAGCGAAAAGAAGAAAGAAGAUAGAAAUGAACUUACAAAGCAGAUUUUAGAGAUCACACAACGAAGGAUGAGUUUGCAAACAGAAUUAACAUCACUAGAAGCAGAAAAUGAGGAUUUAAAGAAUCAAUACUCACAAAUCACGAAGGAGAAUCAAAUGCUUCGUAGCCAAAAUGAUGGUCUCAAACAACACUUAGGUAAACAGUUAUUUAUGAAGUCUCUUGAGGAUGUUAAUUUAACUGAUGAUUAA